GGGGGCAUGCUCCAGGUGAACCCGACAUCACGGCCCACGGUCAUCGACGUGACUGAGCGACUGCAGGAGAUGGGCGAGGCCAAGAACGUGCGGCUGGAGGACUCGCCGGGCCUGCGUGGUCCAAACCCGGUGGCUGGUGGUGCAUCCCAGGGCGACACCAGUGCAGCACCGCACAGCGUGCCGAACUCCACUUCUGCACCGCCCAGUCGGCCACCUCCACCAACCCUCAACGUCCACGGGGGCACAGUUCCCGCGGCGGCUGCUCCUCUUCCGACGACAGCGGAAGGAAGCUGGGGCAGCGCAGGCCUCCUGACGUCGCUACGUGGCGGCGCAGGUAGCCUGCUCAAGCGCCUCGGGGACACCUCCUCCAAGGUCAUGCAAAUUGCCCAGCAGACAAUGGGCAAGGCUGACUUGGACUUCAACUACAUCACAAGCAGAAUUGCCGUGAUGUCGUACCCCGCGGAAGGGCUGGAGUCAGCGUACCGUAACCACGUGGAGGAUGUGAGGACGUUACUGGACACCCGGCAUCGGGGUCACUACGCCAUCUACAACGUGUCGGGCCGCGCCUACUCGUCGGCCAAGUUCGAGUGCAAGGUCACCGAGCGGGGUUGGCUGGCACGGAAGGCCCCACCCCUGCACACCCUGUUCAACCUGUGCCGCUCCAUGCUGGCCUACCUGAACCAGGAUGGCCGUAAUUUGUGCGUCGUCCACUGCCUCGACGGCAAGUGUUCGUCAGCAGUGCUGGUGUCGGCGUUCCUGGUGUUCUGCCACCUGUUCGACAGCCCCGAAGAGGCCCUGCAGAUGUUUGCUGUUCGCCGGUGUCCUGUUACCCUCUGCCCUUCCCAGAUUAGGUACAUCCAAUACAUGUCACAGAUGGUCUCCCAGAACCACCAGGUGUUGCCGCACCGGUUCCCACUGCAGAUUGUGGCGCUCAUGCUGAAGCCCGUUCCUAUGUUCACUAAGCUCAGGGAUGGAUGCCGGCCUUUUGUGGAGGUCUACGUUGGGGAGGAGCGUAUACAUACUACAUGCCAGGAGUACGAACGAAUUGCUCAUCACAACUAUGCAGAGAAGCAGCUGGCGAUUCCGCUGAAUGUCACAGCUGCAGGAGACGUGACAAUCGCAGUCUACCAUGCUCGGUCAUCGUUUGGGAAGGUGUCACCGGUCAAGAUUUGCCAGGUCCAGCUGUACUCUGGAUUCGUGGCUCCCGGCACAACACAGUUGACGUUUUGCAGGCAUGAACUUGACGGCAUCGAGGAGCUGGACCGGUACCCAGAGGGCUUCCAGCUGUCCCUUGAGGUCCGGGUCGGUGACACUCCUAGCCCAAGGCUCACCAACGGUCUGUGGGCCGACCUCGAGCACUUGGAGACAAACGCUGCCAUCCUGUUCAGUACUGAUGAAGAGCUUGAGGCCUGCAUUGGUCACUUCUCAAGGAAUGCCCCUGCAAGGCCUCCUCCACCCGCGACGCCCAGCUUGCCAAGUAGGGACACUUCGCCGCAGCACUCGGAGAGUGACGGUCCGAGUGCCACCACAUCUGCAGAGACUCUGCUGGGACCGAUGCGCAAGCUUUCAGCAGCGGAUGGUGGAAAUGAGGCAGCUGUCAACAGCAACGCGGUGCCUCCGCCGCGGCCCAAGGCCAAAGAGGUGGACCUGCUCAACCUAGCGAGCUUCUCCAUCGACGACAGCAGCAGUGGCGAGGCGCAAGCACCCCCGGACCGCACGGUGGACGACCUUCUGGGCACAUCCUUGUCCAACCAGCCGACAUCAAACUUUGACCUUCUUGUCAAUCACAGGUCUGCGCAGCCUCCACUGAUCGGCGACCUCUCGUCGUCCGGCACGCCAGCCUUCGACCCAUUUGCCGCCAAUUCCACCGGGUCAGCACCAUCAACGGUGCCCACUGUCAACCUGUUGGAUGCCAAGUCUCCAACUGCCACCAAGGGCGGGGCCGACCUCUUCGACCCGUUUGGAACGGCCACCCCGGCUUCUGCUGCUCCCGGCUGGGCCAACACCAGCGUCAGUGCGGGGAACACACCACAGCACAAGCAGGGUGGCAUCCCAAACAGCGUGUCAGCUUUCAACAUGGCUGCCACUUCGACAGCGACAGCUCAGAGCGGAGGGGGUGCCGCCAAGCACGACACCAUGCCGGGGACGUGGGACACCUUGUUCCCGGGCAGCACGUGGGUGCCGCUCGUACCCUCAACCGGCGGCAGCGGAGCGGGGACACCAGCGUCCGGAUUGACGCGGAAUGCUUCUACACCCAACCUCGAGGCACUUGGGCGCAAGGCUGACCCAUUUGCGGACCUAGGUCUGUUUUAA